AUGAUGAAUAAAUUCGAUACGACACUUUUUUGUUCUUCCUUUUUCCCUUUACAUAACAAACUGUGUACAUGUGGGCUAUGCCGUUCUGACUGGAAGGGUGAGAAGAACGUUGACUCACUGGUAGUGGGUAAGAACAUGGCGGAGGUGGGAGGGAAUAAUGUGGACAUUGACGAGCUGGUGGAUCAUUACUUGGGGAUUCCCGUAGCAGCCAGGCAAGGAUCCGUGUUUUCUGGUGACAAUAAUGAUGACACGCACCCGCAGCACAUGGGCGGUUUCUCGACACCGCAGCUUAUCGGUGAAGACAAUAACAAGUGUAGUGAAGUAGAUGGAAAUCGUCAAGAUGUUCUCACCAGCGGCGGUGGUGUUGAUUAUGAUGACGAGGAGGAAGGUGAUAUUGAGGCCCUGGUGGAGAGCAUCCUGCGUGGGGAACCUCCGUACGAUGAAAGUAGUCUUCCGCCACCACCGCAGCGGGAAAGAGAAGAAGAAGUGGAAGAGGAAGAGGAAGAAGAGAUGAGGGCAUCCCAAGAAAAACAUUCUCCGCCAGUUGGAAUUUUUAACGCCGAUCGCAUUCUCCACCCUACACGUUCUACGUCGUCUCGACGCAGCAACGCUGGUGGUGUGGACCGCAGAGAACAUUUACUUCGCCGGCUGAUGUUAUGGCAGGAAAGACGGGAUGCCAAACAUAUACAGGCUGUCUACGAGGCGUUGCUGCGGGAACAGGCGGAGUGUCCAUUCCAGCCGCGCGAAUCGCUGGCUCGUGGCGGCAGCAUUGAGUGUGACUUAUCGAAUCGUGUCGAGGAGGUGAAUGGCGUGGAUGGCUUUCUGCAGCGGAUGCGGGAGGCACGGGAGAUGCGUGAGCAGAAGCAGCGCGCGGAGGAUGAAGAGGCCCGUCGUUACGCGGACCACUCCACGUGGAACCCGCGAGUGACGAUACCGCGGCCGUUUCACCUCGGGAUACGGUCCCGCACGAUGACGGCCGCCGCUUAUAAUCACGACACCUUCAAGAAGUACGCUGCGCAAAUCCGGUUGCAGCUGCAGAACGAGCCGUCACAAAUUGAGGGCCCAUCGGUUCCCAGCGGGUUGUUUUCUGUUCCCGCCAGCGCACUGCUACUUUCGCACGUCUCUCACCGUGCGAGUUUACCGCAGCGACCUGUAUGA